UCAGCCAUUUAAGCAAUAAAAAAAAACAAAAUAAAAAUUCUCAUCGAUAACAGAUCUAGUUAUGCAGGAAGGAUAGAGAAUUUCAGAGAUCCUAUCGAUAAGAGACGAUUGCGGCCGAGUGACAAUGCAUAUCAGACUUAUUUGAUUUCACGGAGAUUGUUGCUCCGUUAUCAUUUUCAGAUACAGGUCUUAUAUAAAAUAUCUGACAGCGCACAAACAGCACAUUUCCUGAGCAAGUAUGCUGCGAUUGGUUGCUCUUUUGGGCUUGUUGUCAGCAGUGGCUGCCCGGUUGAGGAUAGACCCGCUUGUUGAUACUCAGCGGGGCCUCAUCAGGGGACUGAGGUCCGAAAAUGGAAAGUUCUCGAAGUUUUUGGGCAUACCGUACGCACUAGUCGACGAGGACAAUCCUUUCGGGCCAUCAGUACCACACCCUGGUUUCGAAGAGACAUUCGAAGCGUACGAUGAUUCCGUAGUUUGUCCUCAAGUUACUAAUAACGUCGGAGUUGGUAGUCUCCAGUGUUUGAACCUAAACGUUUAUGUCCCAAACACGGCUACAUCGCGCAACAAGCGCCCCGUGAUGGUUUGGAUCCACGGAGGAGGCUACACUAGCGGCAGCGGGACAAGCAGGGACUACUCCUUCGAUGACCUGGUCCGACAUGACGUCAUCGUCGUAUCGGUCAGCUACCGACUCGGACUCUAUGGGUUCUUAUGUUUGGACAGUCCUGAUUUUCCCGGCAACCAGGGUAUGAAGGACCAAGUUCUUGCUUUGAGAUGGAUUAAGGAAAAUAUCGAAGCGUUCGGCGGGGAUGCCUCUAAAAUAACCUUAUUUGGAGAAAGUGCUGGCGGCGCCGCUGUCGAGCUACACCUACUGACCGACCAGGAUAAGCUGUUCAAUCAGGUGAUCAUUCAGAGUGGAUCUGCUUUCUUUCCUGGGGGUAUUGGGCAACCUAGCAACCGUGUUCCAAUAGAAAUAGCAAGCCAGCUGGGAUUCAAAACUGACAACUUCUUAGAGGCGGUAAAGUUUCUGGCCGAUCAAGACCCCCACCUGGUGGUUGCAGCCAGCACCUCUCAAAGCUUUACUUUAAGAGGCGGUACACUCAAACCUUGCAGAGAAAACAAAUACGACGGAGUUGACAGUUUUCUUUCCGACUUUCCUGAAAAUUUAGAGGCUAGAAACAUUCCUGCUAUUUAUGGAGUAACCAAUAAAGAAUAUCUAACAUUACAUGCUUAUGUGACCCCAGAAGACUACGAGGUGACAGGAAUUCAAACAUUUCUGGAACGGGCUUUCAACUUGACCGAUAACGAUAUGGAAGACCACGUGAGACAUUUCUACAUCGGAGACGAGACGCUGACCGAGGAGUUUUUCGAUGAGUUUAUAGAUUUUGCGUCGGACUAUUUCUUCAACUACGCCGUUCAGCGGUCUAUUAAGAAGUCAUUGGCCGACGGUAACAAGGAGGUAUAUUACUACGUGUUCUCGUACGACGGAGGCAGGAAUGCCAUGAAGGAGUACCUCGGCAUAACGGCGGAGGGCGCUGCGCACGCGGACGAGCUCGGCUACCUGCUGGCCGUGGAUGCGGUCCCGGGACAACACAUUGCCGAGGAGGACCAACUGAUCAUCGAUAGGAUCACUACUCUUUGGGCUAAUUUUGCUAAAUACGGCAACCCCACCCCUGAGCCGACGGACCUGCUGCCGGUCGUGUGGAUGACAGUAGAAGGUAACAAGCGGCCGUAUCUGGACAUCAACACCGACCUCCAGCUUAGAAGCAGGCCCUUCCACCACCGGAUGGCCUUCUGGGAUCUCUUCUAUAAGCUCUAUGGAGAAUUGGAGCGCAAGAACUAAAAGGCCGAAAUAAACGAUGAACCAGUACGAGAUACGGUUUGUACGACGACAAGAAUACUAACCAGGACGCUUAUAUACAUAAAUGUAGUCUACAUAAAUUGAAUCUAUGCAUUUUAGAUGUUUUUCAUUUAUUAUAGUUUCU